UAAUGGUAUUGGUAAGUAAAAUCAGAUAAUAUGAAAUUAUAAUAGAGGAAACAUAUAUCUUGAUGAUGAGAGAUCAGAAAAUUUUGAAGAUGUUAGAAAAACGUGAAAAUUUUGAUAGUAAUAAUUCAUGAUAGAAAAAUAUAGCAGGUAAUCCUAUAAAUAAUUCCAAUUUUUAAUUUUUACGCUUAAUUUCUGUUUAAAAUUCACCCAUUAUAGCAGAUAUUAUUCGAUCAUAGACCAUUAUUGGCGAACGAUCCAUAUAGUUGGGAUUAUACAAAAAUAAUAAAUAAUUGAGAUUAUUGUUGGGGCCAAAAUUUUAUAUUUGAGAUAACAAAAUUUUAUCGGGCCAAAAUUAAUUCCCAGUCCAGCCAAAGCCUAAUCCAAGUGUCCAGCUAUUCCACUAAUCCACUGCGGUCUCCUGAAGUUCUUAUGAGAAGAUUGAAGAACGGAGGUCGAAGAAGAGCCUGGCAGCCUGUCGAAACGACGAAGACUGAAGACGCUGUGAACUGCGAACACCAGCCGACCUGCAUCCACCAGCCGCGACGCCGGACGCCGUCGCUCACUCGGCCGUCCUUUCUCUCCGGCUAUCCGCUCUGCCUGUAGCUCCUGAGCUCCGGCCUCUAGGUGACCAGUUUUCGAUACUCGUAGCAGUUGGGCGCGAAAUAAAGGCAUGCACCAGAGGACAUCGACGGCUAGUCGGCGUCCGUCCGGAACCGAUGGCUCCGACUACUCAUUCCGAAUGGUGGUAGACUCAAGGUACCAAAAAGUAGCUAAAGGAAAAUCUCAACUUUCGAAGAUAAUACUCAUUCAGGCAGUUGUUCAUUUGAUAAUAUCAGCACUCUCAUUUUUUGUAGCAGUGAAGACUCAGACAUUUGAAAGAUGUGCUUUCUGCUCUGCUGCAAUAGGCUUCGUCUCUCUUAUUUUUGGAGAAUUAGGUCGAAAGCGUAGCAGAUCAAACUUUUUAAAGUUGUAUGUGUUCGGAUCAUCCAUAGCUGUGCUAAUUCCUGCUACAUGUUUUGCCAUGAGCCAGAAUCCUUUAGAGGUUCUUCAAAACUUCAAUAGCUUGCUGCCACCAAAUAUUGAAGUCCUGAAGAUUGGUGCUAUUAUACUUGGAUUUUUGGUACAGAUAUUCUCAGUUGCUACAACCGUGCGUCUAAUUGGUAAUAUGGCUCUUCCUAAGAGAGCUUCUUGAUGGAUGGACGAACUAAGAAUAGUUGAACAUUGAUCAAUUGAGGCACCUUAUCAUAGUUUACCUGGAAGCAGGUAUUCCUCAAACACAGAACGGAUGAGAAUAUACAAGAAAGGCAUCUGAUUUUCACCGAGUUGCAACUUAUAAUCCACAUAAUUAAUUUUGUAGUGUUGCGUGAAAGUGAACGAUACGGCUUUUAUCCAUCUUACAUUGCUGUUUCACUGUUUGUCCUUUUAUAUGACUUGUAUUCUGUAUGUGCAAGAUUUGACCCCUCUUCUUGCAUAUUCGCUACAUUUCCAGAGCGUUACACAUAUUGGUUGGCCGAUCCCAAGAUCAAAUUAGAACAAUAAUUUUUUCUCCACAUUGUUUGUUGAGAAAAGAAUAAAUUUCAUUUUUGGUGUCACAAG